AUGGAACAUGAAGAUUCAAAUCGAUCUCCGAACGAUUAUAAAGAAACAAUAUGUCCUAUAGAGCAUGAUGAACUAAUUCGACAAAAUCAAUCAGUACUUGAAGAAUAUUUUAAGUUUUGUACCAGCCAACUGGUUUUACCGAUUUUUAAUUUCGACAAAAAGCAACUAUAUCUAUAUGGUACUGCAUCAACAAAUUUCGAAGCUGAGAAGCGAUUCCUGGAUUUACAAAAUAAUUUAGUUUUGAAAAAUAGCCGCCAGUCUAUUAGAGAUCGUGUGUGUUGGUGGUACGAAGCAUGGGAUGGAACGUGGCAAUUAUAUUCUCCCCGAAUGAACACUGAAAUUGAAGAACGUCAUCAAUCGGAGGCAUCAGAUUUUACAAUGCUGAAUGAAAUAGGUGAGAAAAUAACAAUUGACUUGACAAAGUCUAUUGAAACUUAUGGUACUCGUAUCAAACGUAUUCUCCGCUCGGAAUAUAACAAACAUGUACCAGUAUAUUGGAAGCUCACGCCUUUGGAAGUAGAACGAAUAUUACUCGAUGAGAAACUAAAUGAAUACCUUGCUAUCAAACACCAGUUCGAUGAAACUAUGCACGAUCGUUAUACAAGGAUCGUUUCGAUUGAGCGUAUCCAAAAUCUUUCUUUAUUUACACGAUUCUGCAUUUUACAUGACACUUAUAUCCGUCGGUACGGUAAAGAAAAUAAUGGAACACUGCGCUAUCUAUAUCAUGGCUGUCCCGAAUCAGCAACGAAAAGAAUUAUCGAACGAGGUUUCAAUCGAAGCUACAGUGGAACUAAUGGAUGUGUUUAUGGGCGCGGUGUGUAUUUCUCAUCAAAGGCGAGCUACUCCGAUCAGUAUGCAAAGCUAAAUGGUCUCAAGCAGAAAGGAAUGUUCUUUAGUCGAGUGCUCGUAGGACGAAGCAUGCGUGGGAGCUCGAAUAUCUGUGAACCAGACGAUGGAUACGAUACAACGACGGAUGGAGAUCAUAUUUUCGUAUGUUAUCAUGAUAAUCAGUGCUAUCCGGAAUAUUUACUGGUUUAUGUAUGA